GCAGCAGCUUACUGUUGCUGCACUGUGUGAGGGAAUCUCUGACUUGGGGAUUAGAGAAGCAGUCAUCGGCCUUAUCCAUUUAAACCUUAAACGUGGUGGGUUUUUUUCACCAGCAGUUUUGCAUGCUGGACAGCUUCAGUUUCUCUGACCCUCUUCACCAGUCCACUGCAAACACAGAGGUGCUCUGGAGAGGAAAAGGGGCUUCACUCUCUGGAUAAGCAAUGGAUGUGGACCAUGGAUUCUAUCGGCAGGUGGAUGUCCAGGACCAUGCUCACUACAUCGUUGCCUUCUUUGUCUUGGUGAUUGGAACAGUGGGUGUUACUGGGAAUGCCCUGGUCAUGUACGCCUUUUUCUGUAACAAGAAGCUACGGACUCCCCCGAACUUUUUCAUCAUGAACCUGGCAGUCAGUGAUUUCCUCAUGGCAAUCACACAAUCACCCAUCUUCUUUGUUAACUCCCUUUACAAGGGGUGGAUUUUUGGUGAAACAGGCUGUAAAAUGUACGCCUUCUGUGGUGCUUUAUUUGGAAUCACUUCCAUGAUAAACCUUCUGGCCAUCUCUGUUGACCGCUACAUUGUCAUCACCAAGCCUCUGCGGGCCAUACAGUGGACUUCCAAGAGACGCACUUGUGUUAUUAUCGCUCUGGUCUGGCUGUACUCGCUAGCCUGGAGCCUUGCACCACUUUUGGGGUGGAGUUCGUACAUACCUGAAGGCCUGAUGACAUCGUGCACAUGGGACUAUGUGACAUCUACUCCUGCCAAUAAAAGUUAUACUUUGAUGUUAUGCUGCUUUGUAUUCUUCAUCCCUCUGGGCAUUAUAUCCUACUGUUAUCUGUGCAUGUUCCUGGCAAUCCGCCGUGCAAGCAGAGAUGUGCAGAAGCUGGGGUCUCAGGUCAGGAAAUCAACCCUGAUCCAGGAGCAGUCCAUCAAAACUGAAUGGAAGCUGGCCAAGAUUGCCUUUGUGGUAAUCAUCGUGUUUGUGCUUUCCUGGUCGCCCUAUGCAUGCGUCACCCUCAUCGCCUGGGCUGGAUACGGAAGCAUCCUCAAUCCCUAUUCCAAAGCCGUUCCUGCUGUUAUAGCCAAAGCGUCGGCCAUCUACAACCCUUUUAUCUACGCCAUAAUUCACUCGAAAUACAGGGACACCCUCGCAGAAAAGGUUCCCUGUCUUCAUUUCCUAUCGCAGUCCCCCAAGAGGGACUGCGUAUCAGUGUCACACAGUGACUCCUCCUUCAGAGACUCCAUGCUGAGCAGACAGUCAUCAAUCUCCAAAACCAAGUUUCACAGAGUAUCCUCAAUGUCUACGACAGACACACAGUUGUGGAGUGAUGUGGAGCUGGACCCUAUUGGCCACUCUUUGAGUUCCAGCUCUUCACUGGGAGCUCUUAGAGACAAAGGGGCUAAACAAAAAGAGGAAAAGGGAAGCCAAAGCCAGGAACAGACUCUCAUCCCUGGGGAAGGCUCACUGAACAGAUUUGACCACGGCCUGUCGCCUGCGUCCUUUACCGCAGGAGUGCCCUCGGCCUGGGGGAAGAGAAGGGAAGAGAAUCCUGAAAGCUGGAAUAAAAAGAAAAGAUGGCAAGAUGAGCAAGAGAAAGAGCGUGAACACCAGCAGAGGGAAGGACAACAAGUACAGAAGGAGAAGGAUGAGAGGAGGUCACAGAUCCUCAUCCAGCCAGACUCUCUGGACAAUAUUGUAUGGGGACUCUCCAAAACAAUCAUCAGAAAAAGGCCUUCUCUCUACUGUGGGGAACAACAGAGCACACGGAGGAGACAGACUGAGCUGUUGGUUAGUUUACAGCCUCUAGGCUGCAAUGCUCAGCUAUUGGAGUCUGUGCAGCGAUUUCUCUCCCCAACACCAGGAAGAUAAAUGUUGAUUAAGUUUAUUUAUCUAUGUGGCAGUUUGACAAUGUAAGUAAUGUGCGAUCAUGGGAGUUGUUACCUUCAUUUAUAAGCACCAUUUCCAGUGGAUGUGACUCAGGCAGAAAUGUUCAUGCACGAGGUAAAGUUUUUAUCUGUGCUGCGUUAUUGACGUUCUUUCCUCAGUCUGUGUUGACGGACACGCUGUACUGUUUGGUUAAAUCUAUGGAUUUCUCUGCUUUUGAACAUAAUAAAGUAA